AUGCGAGUCACGGCGAAACGCUUACGAAAACGGUAUUUUCAAACCGCCAAGAUCGAUCGGAAUGGCAAAAUGCUGAUUCACUUGCUGGUCGUCGUAACGCUCAUGGAAGCAAUUGGCGCCUUUCAGCCGGAGUUUGUGGAGAGCAUUUCCAACGUGUCCGUCGCCGUUGGACGGGAUGCAACCUUCACGUGUCACGUCCGCCAUUUGGGCGGCUAUCGGGUGGGCUGGCUGAAGGCCGACACCAAGGCCAUUCAGGCCAUUCACGAGAACGUGAUCACCCACAAUCCACGUGUCACGGUCAGCCAUUUGGAUCAGAACACCUGGAAUCUGCACAUUAAGGCGGUUUCCGAGGAGGAUCGUGGCGGUUAUAUGUGUCAGUUGAACACGGAUCCCAUGAAGAGUCAGAUAGGCUUUCUGGAUGUCGUGAUUCCGCCGGACUUUAUCAGCGAGGACACCUCAUCGGAUGUGAUUGUGCCGGAGGGUAGUCCGGUGCGACUGACUUGUCGAGCUCGCGGCUAUCCUGAACCGAUUGUCACCUGGCGGCGCGAGGAUGGCAACGAGAUAGUCCUCAAGGACAAUGUGGGCACCAAGACUUUGGCACCCUCUUUUCGCGGCGAAGUCCUGAAGCUGUCGAAGAUCUCCAGGAAUGAGAUGGGGUCCUACCUGUGCAUCGCCUCCAAUGGAGUGCCCCCAUCGGUUUCCAAGCGGAUCUCUCUCAGCAUACACUUUCACCCAGUCAUCCAAGUGCCGAAUCAAUUAGUCGGCGCACCACUUGGCACUGAUGUUCAAAUCGAGUGUCACGUCGAGGCCUCGCCCAAAUCAAUUAACUACUGGAUUAAGGACACGGGUGAAAUGAUUGUCACAUCGAACAAGUACCAUGUGCAGGAGAGCACGCAGUCCAUGUACGAGACAAAAAUGUCAAUGAUAGUGCGAAAGUUUCAGAAGGACGAUGUCGGAUCCUAUCGCUGCAUAGCCAAAAACUCACUGGGAGAAGUUGACAGCAGCAUCCGGUUAUAUGAAAUCCCCGGACCGAAUCGUAAUAAAAAUCCUUCGAACGGCAGCGGAAAAGGCGGCGGUGGUGCUGGAGGCCUGGACGCGGAUGCCAAUGACAUUUUAAAGCAGAAACAACAAGUCAAAGUCACCUACCAGCCGGACGACGAGGAGCUGCAGUACGGAUCCGCUGAGGAUUUCGACGGCGACGGUGGCUAUGGCGAUGGUGGUGGUAUGGGAGGAGGCGGUGGCCUGACACCGUUAUCGCCGCACGUUUACUACACCAGCGGCAAUAAACCGGCCACACAUAAGCCGGGCAGCUCCGGCGGCAAUCAGCAUCAGCAUCAACAUCAGCAGCACCAUCACCACCACCAUCACCAGCAGCACGGAGCGGCGGGCACUGGAGCAGGUGGUGCUGGGGGAGUGGGGGCCGGAGCAGGUGCAGCAGGCGGCGGCGGUGGUGGGGAGGCAACCCGUAAGCCGACCUAUUAUGGCGGCAAUACGGAAGGGCGCGUACCCAUCGACAACAACGAAAUGAGCUCCGGCGGCUCGCGAUUACGGGGCAAUACCCCACGUUGCCCCAUCCUGAUGGGGCUCCUGCUCCUGCUCACCCUGCCACUGUCACUGUCCCUGUCCUUGGACUCCUGGCCACGGAGUAGCCGGCAAUGUCGACAGCCGCUCUUAAUGGGUUUGUCGGCCGUGUCCGGCUUUCUGCUGACGCUCUCCCUCUGCCUUUUAUAAUACGCAGUCCAACGGACCCGGCGACACAUUCACCAACACAUCCGCCAGGAGGACAUUCUCUCCCGAGCGAACAGCACACAUGUUUUAGAGUGUAAUACGGACAUUCGGCCACACAUUCACGAAUACGACACAGGCGACACAUUCCCCUAAAAAACUCAAUAGCUAAUGGGGUUUCUUACCAAAAGAGAUACCAAAAGCAUGUCAUAUUCAGGUAUAAAUUUCGCCAAGCCAUUCUCCAACGGUGUUUCAGGCAGGACAUUCACCAACAAACUCAACAACACUUUAACCAAGACACCUACACAUUCAUCAACACAUUCACCAACACAUCUAAGGUAAGCAUUCACCAUACCCUUUCUCCAAGAGAUAGAAAAAGACACCUAAAAAAUGUUUAACACUGUGCGCUUCUAUAAAUGAAAAACACCAACUAUACACCAACCAAAUACCAACACACACCAACACUUCCAGUAAAACACUUGAAACCAAAAAAACGUUGGAAAAACAUUCAAACAUACACACAUGUUGUAGUAGAAAAUGUUAAAUUGUUUAAAACAAAAACAGAAAAUGGAAAGAAACGUAAGCAGACAGGGAUGGUCUUUGGAGGC